AUGUCUCAGAUCAUAACUGAACGACAAAAAUCUGAGUCGUCUUGGAAGAAGAAGAAGAAGUCAAUGCCUACAUCCGAUCGUCUACCGGACGAUGUCCUAAUCGACAUCCUGAGUCGACUGCCACCCAAAUCCUUAAUCCGAUUCAGGUGCGUUUCCAAAUCUUGGAGCUCCACAAUCACCAACCCCUUUUUCAUCACCACACAUCUCAACCAAGCCAAAUCUUUGUCCAAUGGUUAUUUGUUAUAUACACGAUUGCCUGUGGAGUUUUUGUGUGGCAAAGAAUUGUGUGCUGUUGUUUACAAUAGGGACCCAACGUUGACCCAGGUUUCCAAAUAUGAAAUACCCUUUUCUGGUUCACGUAUAUUGGGCAUUUGUAAUGGCUUAUUUUGCUUAGGUAGUCAUAGAGUACUAAAUUUGUGGAAUCCAUGUAUUAGGAAGUUUAAGAAGGUACUUGAUGGUACUUGUUUCACAAGGCAUUGUCGUCAUAUUGCUCUUGGACUUGCUUAUUGUUCUCAAAAUUAUGACUACAAGAUUGUGAGGAUGGUGUGUUUUGAAGGGUUGAAUGGAGAAGGAAAAGUGAUCCCAGCUGUAGCUGAGAUUUAUACACUGAGUAGGGAUUCGUGGAGGAAAGGGAUUGGAAUAUCGGUGGAGUCGUUAAAUAGGUUUGAACCCAAUGGAUCUAUUGAUAGAAUUGAUGAAUCCCCGUGUGUGUUUUUCAAUGGAGCUUUGCAUUCUAUAGCGUAUAUUGGGAACUAUAAAUUCAUUUUGUCUUUUGAUGUUAAUGAUGAGACAUUCCGAGAGAUAAUGUUGCCGAAUGAUUACUUAAAUGGAGUUCAUCUACAAUUUGAAAAACUUGUGGUGUUCAAGGGAUCAUUGUCUUUGAUUGUUUUUGUUCAAGCUGAAGAUGAAGAGGGUGAUAUUUUCCACAUAUGGGUGAUGAGGGAGUAUGGGGUUGUUAAGUCUUGGACUAAAAAAAGUGUACCAAUGGAAAAGGUUGGGCAGUUCAUUGGCUGCACUGACAAUGGUGAACUUUUGAUCAAAAAGAUUGGCACUGGGCUGGUUUUGUUUGAUCCUGAGGGUCGAAACGAGGAAAAUCUUGGAAUUAAAAAUGCUACAUGGGCGGCUUAUACUACUAAUUUCUUGGAGAGCCUAGUAUUGUUUGAUGGUGUAAACGUGUAG